AUGCACACCAAGCAGCAGAGCUUGGAGCAAUGCGGGCACAAAUGCGCAUUCACCAACUUCUCCAUGCAAAUGAAGCACCGGAAAACUUCCGCAAUCCCCUACAAUUGCAAUGAUGAAGCAUCAAGAACAGGAAUAACAGGAAAGGACUGCUUCACUGGAGGAACAAGUGUGGACUGUGAUUCUGAUUCUGAAGUCUGCAUCACUCUCUAUCCAAACAGACCCAUCUGGAUGAUGAUGGGAGAUGAUCCCCCCAAAGAACCCACUAGGAAUGGUGAAGAAACGGUGAUACUCAAGCGAUGCGACAUCGAGCCAGAUCGAUACAGAAACGACAGCCAGCAUUUCACAUUUGACUCGAAAGAAACCAAGUGCCAAAGGAUUGAUAAAUCGGCUUGGGUCUGUUACUGUGACUGGAAUCUGUGCAACUUUGAAAACUCGGACGCCAUGUCCGAUAAAAUCCCCAACGAAUUGACAUUUCUCACGUUUAUUCUCUCAUCAGCUCCUCCAAACGGAAACACCAUCAGCGUGGAGCUGGAGAUCACAGGACUGAAACAAUUACCUCGGUUCACUCUCCAAAACUUUCAUACUUCGGACGUUGCACGAAUCCCUCCCCUCACCCUUACGAAACAGCACGAAGAUUACGAUAUCGCCAACAGAGGUUACAACAAAUACGCAAACGGAAGCACAGAAGUCGCAACAGAGCGCUUUAUCAAGCAAAUAUUGAGAGAUGCCGCUCAAGUCAAACGGCAGUUUACCGUAGGAACAACAACUCCGAGACCUUUUCCAAUAACAAGGCCCUACACAAUGGUCGAGUUCAGGCCGUACAUUCCACCAGGACUCCCACAAACUGGACUCAAUCCACCAAACCCGGAACCUAUUGGAACCCUGAGCCCAAGAUACGAACAGAAGGUCCGGGAAUUCAGCAGUUUUUCACGCCAAGCCCGACCAAGAAAGCCUGAAGCAACCACAUCAACGACGACGAAAACAACACGAUACUCUGACUCUGGGACCGAGGUAUACACGGAGACCGAGGCACUGAAUGAUCUCAGAUCACGCAAGCACGUAGCCACACAAAAUCACGACACUUUGCUGAACACAACAUCAUACACUGAUAAUAAUAACUCAACCGAAACCCCGAAAGAUGAAAGAAUAUACCAGGUUGUCCACAGACCUCGGUAUUCCUACAUACCCGGAUCUCGGCACAGACUUCAACACAAAAAAUACACUACACGACGACACAUCAUCUCCUCAACAACUUCUGCAACACACAAGUCCACAACAAGCUCCAUCGGAUCUACAACACUGAAUGUCACAGGCAGUACCACACCGCGUACCACUUCCGCUUGUCAAACAAGGAUCAAGAGCACAACCACGACCAGUCCAGGCUUUGUGUGGGUGACAACACCAACCCCAUCAACUAGUACAACCAGUAAAGUUUGGGUUUAUUUGGAUCCAUGUCCAUUUGUCAAGGGGCAAGUCAAUUACUCUCAACCUGAGAAAAUUCCGCCUGAAGGUUCCCAUAACCCAACCUUGUCAAUAGCAUCAAAAUCCAAAGCUAUACAGGACUUCAAACUACUCCCAGUUCAGAUCCCUCUCAUCACACCAUGGCCAGACCGUCGGAGUCAAACACAACCAAUUUUCCUCACUGCAGUUCCCAUCAAGAGCAAAUAUGAAGAAAGCAUCAAUUAUGCCCGCUUCAUAGAGCAUCCACAUGAGAACGACAGAUUAGAGGAGCAUCACGCACCUAUUUCACAGAUUUCUACGGAUUUCAAUGAACGCGCUGAAGACUGUUUGGGAAAAUUUGCUCUGAAUAACAAGCCAAUCAGAGGGCCUCGGCCAGCCAAGCCCGCGCGCUUCCGGCGGAUGGUGAACCAACGCGGAAACGGCGCCGAAAACCCCGACUCGCCGGACGGCGCAUCGGGCUCUGGUCAGGCGAUCGCCCCAGCUAACCCACAGGCACUCAUGAAUCCGUGGGCAAGCCUGAACCUCCCCGCAAUACGAGCGUAUUGUACGGUAUACAACAUACCGGGAGCAACCGAAGAAAACCGCAAUGAAUUAGUGACGACGCUCCACAAUCGCGGGAUAACGCCACUACACGUGGUAAUGAGCACGCCACCAGACUCACUAUCGGGUCCAACGGCAGCCGAUAUCACGGCAUCACUCCUCCGACGACGAGUGGAUUACCCGAAACAGUCCCCAAACGAGGACAUAGAGGGAUACCUACGCCGCCUAGCGAUCGCUUUCCGGCAUGAAGCAACGCCGAACCACACGCGGAUCGACUGCCUCAUAGCACAUUCGCAGCCGAAAGUAGCCGAAGCGGCGCAGAUCCUGUACGAGCAGGGGUACCUACAAUACGACCAGGUCAUCGAACGACUCAAGGUACGCUUCGGUCUCUCCCCGUUCGAACAUUUUCAGAGGUUCCAAAAGAUGCGCCCAACGCCAGACGAAUCGUAUGCCGAGUUUGGCCAGCGCUUGCGUGAGGAAUACAUAAGGUACCUCGCCUUCAAACCAGACGAGAUUCCGAACCAAGAACGCACGAUAACAGCAGGGCUGAUCGGCCAACUGCUAUCCAUCACCACGGGCGGCAUGCACGCUCUGCUCCACGCGAAAGCCACAGCGGACAGGGCACUAUCGUGGGAUGAUUGUCUCGCGCACGCAGACGAAUAUCGUCGCACACACCCGGCGUCGCCAACGACGGCGCCGGCGGCUUCCCCGGCACCGGGUCAGGCGAGACCGCCAAAGAUGACAGCUGCCGGAAUACCGAAGUACUACUGCGACCACCACCAGAAGUACGUAUUCCACACAACCGCGGAUUGCUCGAAGUCCGGUUCCAGGAGUUCCACUCCAUCAACAGCGCCAACACGCGCUCUGCAAAACUGCGCAUACCACCCGGGACGAAUGGUGGCGCACUCGACCGCGGAUUGCCGCAACAAUCCAGCAAACCAGGCCAUACCGCAGCAAACUGCCCCCAGCAGGGAAACGCGAAGAUCGGACAGUGACGGCUGUCCUCUGUUCGAUCCCCGCAGCUAUAGACGACAGCCUUACCAUCCUCAUCGGAGUCAACGGACAUCGCGUCCAGGCGCUUAUAGACACAGGCGCUACACGGUCAUUCAUGGCCACAGACGUCGCCGCAGAGGUAGGACUUACGCCACAUCCCACGCAGGCGCGGAUUUCGGCGGCCGUCCUGCACGUCUCGACGAAUCUGACGCAUAUGAUCUCCCCUUUUGCGUGACCCUCGAUGGGCAGCGCAUUUUUUCGGGUUUCCAGAAUAUCAAACCCACUAACAAGCAGCCACAGGCCCCUGCGGGCGACGGCAUUCGGUUUGUGGACGGUUCCGAACCGGAACGAGCAAAAAUAACACAAUUACUGCUCAAACACAGGAAAAAUAUCUUCCAGUGGAGCGGCAAGCACGGACUGUUCCCACAGUACGUGGCGGCACUUCCAACGAACGGGCAAGACCCAGAACCCCCCCGGUGA